AGUAUUUACUUCGUGACAUGACAAAUUUUUUAAUCUCAGUGAUGAGUGAAAUUUGAAAUGUACUUCCCGAAUGGUUGUCCGGAAACGUUACGGCUGGUCAAAGGUGCUGGAUCGCCUGUGAUCGCCGUGGUGUGUAACCGCGAUAAAGUUCUUCUGGCUGUACUUUACGAAAAAGCAAUUGAGCUGUGGUAUUAUCGGCCCUGUGUGCCGUUGGUUUGCUAUCAGCUACCAGGUGAUCUCUUUCCGCUCUAUGGCUCUUUCACUGGAUUGGAAUGGCGACGCGAUUCCUCACUGUUUGCAUUGUCGACGCAACAUGACUAUUUGCUGUUCUUCAGCGUGGAGACGAAGAAUAAGGAUGACUAUUUAUAUUUCGAGCUGGAAGGCCCAAAUCCCGCGUUGAAACGCGGAUCUUCAGAAUUGUUCUCUAAAGAUGAAGUACCAGCUGUUUCCCUUAAAUUGAAAUGCACCGUUAUGGUCGCUGGCGGUGUCACAGGAAUGGUUUGCCUGAGGGACGAACUUAUGGUGGCGACCGGGAAUGCUCAGAUUCAACGUUUCAAUUGGGACGGAGGAUUGAAUCGGGAUUAUUGCCUGGAUUUGAGACGCGUUCCAUUCUGCAUUGACAAGCAAGUUGCUUUGGCUAUUCCGUUGACAGCUGCUGGUGUUCACGUCAGUGCGAUAGAUUAUUCUCCAUUGCUAGGCGGAUUUUCUGUUGUGUUGAGUGAUGGAAGGGCUGCGUUUCUCACGGCAACAACACUGAAAUUUGAUCCGAAUCAAGUGCAGGGUAUAUGGGCCCCAAAUGUGGACGAUGCGAUAUGUACAGCGAUGAACCAUAAAUACCGAAUCAUAGCUUUUGGUAAAAGAGACUCCCAAGGAGUUGUCUACUCGAUUGACGAAACCAGCGGGGCGCUUGUUGUAUCGCACCGGCUCGUUUUGUCAGAGAAGAUCUAUUCAGGAGCUCAGAAACCGGUGAAAAGCUUGAAAUGGUCCCCGGAUGGUUGUGCACUGGCCAUGUGUUGGGAAGGCGGAGGUGGGGGAAUAGCUCUAUGGAGUGUGUACGGAUCUUUACUGACAUGCUCUUUCGCAUGGGAUUAUGGUACUCAGUACCAUCCGUCUCGGCACGUGCCAUUCAAUUGUUGUUGUGUGGAAUGGGGAGCAGAAGGCUAUACGUUAUGGACAGUGAACAAGGAGGCAGUUUUGGGAACGAAGCGGACUCGUGGCAGAUUGCGGACUUCUGAAAGUGAUUCAGAUCAUGUAGAAGGGAAUGGGAAUCUCAUGCCGUAUGAGCUGCUCCAACGACAGCUGAAGGAAGAGCAGCGUUCCCCGUCUUCUUCAGAUGCAGCCGAUUCUUCAAGUCACAAUUCGAUGAAGUUCAACUAUCGCGUCCAAUUUUUCCACAUGAUCAAGAGUGCGUUAACAUCGAAUCCCGCCAUGUGUUAUCAAGAGCGUGUGUUUCUGCAAGGCGAAGAUCGAAUUUACUUGAAUGCAAACGAAUUGGCUGGCUCGGAAGGUGUUCGUCAGAGUAUGAAAGAUCGUAGUCCGAUCAUUGGUACCUCUUUGGCUGAGGAUGUUUUCUCUCAAAAUGUUGGAACAGCGACGUUGCCAUCUAACCAAAUUGGAAACAAGCAAUGGAUCGUUAUUCCCAUCCCUCACAAUUAUACGGCAACUAAUUGGCCUUUGAGGUAUGCCGCGCUUGAUCAGCGUGGUCACUACCUUGCAGUUGCAGGCCGCUUCGGGGUGGCUCAUUAUUCAACGAAUUUACGGCGUUGGCGGCUGUUCGGGAGUGAAACUCAAGAAAAAGAUUUCAUCGUCACAGGCGGACUCCUAUGGUGGAGAGAAUAUCUUGUACUCGGCUGCUACAAUUUGCAAAAGCUUCAGGACGAAAUCCGUAUUUAUCCGCGGGAUACAAAACUGGAUCACGCAUUUUGCUCUACAACUAACAUCGAUGCUCAAGUGGUUGUUCUUAGUCUUCACCACGACACUUUGGCUGUCUGUACAGCUGAUAACUACUUGCUCAUUUAUUCAAUGGCAAUCUCCGGAUCCAAUGCUCACGCUGUUGAAUUGCACGCAAAGCAACGAGUGAAUCUGCAACCAAUUGUGUAUCAUCCGGCGUGCGUCGUUUCCGUUUUGCUGACGAGCUUGCGGGUUGACGUUAGUGGAAGCAGAUAUUCUGUGAGCAAUCCAAGUGGACCGACGUCUCCUGUGAGCCCGGUAGCCUCGUCUUUUUCCUAUUGGCGAUCGGGAUCGUCGAGCAAAGACUGCGCAGUUUCGAAUCAAAGUUCCCAGCCGCCGAUCCAGGGCGUGUUGAUCAAUAUUUGCGGACGGCUGAUUUUGCUUCAGCUUGAUCUCGAGCCUGCGUUUGUCAACGAUCAACGAUCGAGGAUACAGCAGGCGUAUCCAACGGUGCUGGCAUCAAAUGUGGAAAAUAUGUGGCAAUGCAGUCGUAAUACCGACGCGGUGACAGGGAAUGAAGCAACAUUUCCUCGAAGAAAUGAGCUGUGGGAGUCGUUAUGGCUACACUGCGGAGCACUAGGAAUGCGAAUAUGGCUUCCUCUGCUACCGCAUCAAGGAGAAAAGUCUUUCAUGGCGAAGAGAAUCAUGCUGCCUGUUCCAGUGUCCAUAUAUCCCUUGGCUGUGUUGUAUGAAGCUGCGGUUGUAUUGGGAGUUGAAACUGACACUAUCCAAUUGCCCCUUAAAUCUGACUGUGAUGUGAAGCUUCCGUUCUGCGUUCUGGAAAGAACGAGUGAAGUAUACCUUCAGCACAUCCUGCGUCAGUUGUUGAAACGAAAUCUCGGAUUGCCAGCGUGGGAGAUAGCACGGAGUUGUUGUCAAUUGCCGUAUUUUCCUCAUGCGUUAGAACUGCUUCUUCACCACGUUUUGGAAGAAGAAGCGACGAGCAAAGAUCCAUUACCGGAUGCCUUACUCCCAUCGGUGGUGGAUUUUAUCAAAGAAUUCCCCAAUUACCUGCAAACAGUUGUGGGGUGUUCCAGAAAGUCAGAAAUCGCUCUAUGGCAUCAUCUGUUCACUGCUGCCGGAAAUCCGAGAGAUUUGUUCAUGGAAUGCUUGAGAAGGGGCCUGCUUGACGUAGCUACCAACUAUCUAGUCAUUCUUCAAAACGUAGAAGUAACUUCGGUGAGUCGACAAUACGCGACGAUGCUACUUGUCUCCGCUUUGGAUGCGAGUCGAUGGGAUUUGUCGAAAGAGCUGGUGCGAUAUCUGCGAGCGAUCGACCCGAAUGAUUCGGAAGGACCACGUGCAUCCGUUGGUUCAUUACCGAAGUUCGGAUUGAGUACCACGACUCCUCCGCUCAGUCCAAAUGAGGAUGAUUUAUCGCUAGUCCUCGGCACUAUGCAGGUUCCACGAGGAAGGAGCAUGAGUACUGCAGGAAUAACUCGUGGACCACUCAGUCCAGAUCCGUACGCCGUUAAUCAACAGAAGGAAAUGUCGCGGCCACACAGUGAAAGCAAAUUGCGAGCCCAUCGGAAAAGCUCUGCUCCCGCGACGAUCGAAGAAGAAGAGCAGUUCAUUGACACCAUUCUGAUGAGCCACGCGGAAAAGUUAUUGAAUGCCGGAAGAAUCCGAGAUUUAGGAUAUUUUGCGGCGAAUCUUGACUUCCAUCUGGCAACUUGGUUUCGUAAAGAACGGGAAAAGGCGGCGAAAGUGGAAGAUUUCGUUGCUAGCAUCAAACGUCUUCAUGCCGAUUUUAAUUGGCCAUUCCCGAUUCUCAGUCAUCCAAUAUCGCAUUAUCUGCCUCCCAAACGAUCGUCAUUUGCGGAUUCUUCGAAGAGCUCCAGAUCACCGACGACAUCAUCAGUGGAUACCGAAAUUGAUUUGAAAACGUUCCCUUUGACGUUAGAUAUUGACACUCCGUUCACUGGAAGUCAUCAUCCUCAUAAUUUGCCGAUGACGCUGAUCGGCGCUACAAAACUUGGGGAUAGUGGUUAUGUGAGCCAUUCUCCGGCUGAACCGCUUCCGCCUAAUGGAGAUUUCAAUCGGUACUCGUUUGAUGGCUGCAGUACGAGUGCUAUCGAAGUGCCGUUGAAACCGAAUGUGAUUCGAGAAAACGAGAGCGCCAUGAGCUUGAGGGAAUCUGAAGACGAAAUGAGCACUUCAAUGUGGGGCGGCAGCUGCAGCAAUGACUGGGAAUAUGCCAAGAGAAACGGAGACGAGCCCGCCGAAUCGAAGUCGAACUCUUGGGAGGCAAUGCCAAAUCUGUCGAUACUUGAGCAGCUUUCGCAAGAAAUGACUUGCAAAGGACCGCAGCAGGCUGAAGUUCAGCUAAGAUACAUGCUACAGAUGUUCCAGGAAGGCGGUUGCUUAGAAUGGUCGCUGCUUGUGUCUGUGCUACUGAAAGAUGCAAUGGCUGUUUUAAGAACGUUAAAUGCAGCUAGAACAUCGGCUUUGUCUCAGGAAAUGCUUGUUCGUCUGCAAAAAGGAUUGAAAGAUCUUGAGAAUUGGACCGAUACCCAAUGUCCUGGAUACAAACCAUUGAUGCUCGCUUUGCAAAAUCAAGUAUCCAUGCUACUUCACAUGAACCCGUGCCCAGAGAACAGCGAUGAUUCCUCUAGCGAAGCUCCGACGAGCCUGGGCACUUCAGGAGAGAUUCGCAGCAACAAAGUCCGGUUCUCUCAGAAAGCCAUUCCUGGAAUGGCAGCCAAACAGAGCUAUCGACCGGGAUCAUUCGACAGCGACAACUCCACGGUGACGAGUGAUCGUGACAAUGAGCUUAAGCAUACCAGUUUGAACUCGAAAUCUUUCGACGAGGCUGACCUGCGAAAGGAACUCGAGCGGCAAGGCUGGUGCUCUGUGACGUGAGAAAUCCCAGAGGUGGUGUAGUUUCUCGCCGGAGAAGGAAGCCACGCGAGAGUGUUGGGUGCCUGGCGUGAGGGGAUGGGGGGCGCAGGGGUGAGGAGUUCUGACGGCGUGCGAUCCGGCUCCGGCGAGAAUGUGCCUCACCAUCCCAGAACGAGUCACGUCGAGGCACUCCUCUGAAUUUUUUUUUUUUUUCAAAUAUUUUUAGAACACAGAACUGGAGGAAUUGAGUAUUCUUGUUACUAUCGCGAUUUAUGUUGAUAGUUCGAGGAAAUUAUUUUUGUAUGUCGCGGGAAAACGGCGAGUAAGGUAUUUGUAUUAUGCGGUUUGUCAGCUUUAUCUGGUGAUUGCUCGUUCGUUCGGUUGGUGGUGUAAAAUCACGUUUUUUUUCUUUUCGUGUGAGAAAGUGCUGCUGCACAUUCUGGCUUACGCGGAAACAUCUAGAUUCCUGUUUUUAUAUUCUGCGAAGGUUCGAAUCUUUAUAUUUAUUUCCUUGAGCUUCCCCUUAGCGUUGGCACCGUGCCAGCAUCUUCCAUUGUUACCUCAAAAUGACUGAGUGGUCAUGACUGAAUUUUAAGGGUGAGCUUGUGUUCGGGAAUUAAUUUGGGAACUUGCCAAAAGAAUUUUUUGAACUGACGUAUCAAGUGCACCUGCUUGUUUAUAGUUACGGUUUAAUGCGGAUCAUUCCCCAUUUGCAAUCAGGAUAUUUUUUUCUAUGAUUUUAGGGAUGGAGUCGGUUUUUGAUUUGAGUUUUCCUUGCAAAACCAAUGCUGGAGGCUUAGUUAGUGGAUAUGAACAAGUGAUGCCGAAGUGGAAGUCGACAUCAACACGAACUGAAUACUUACGCGAAAUCAGCUGCUUUGUGACGUUGUUCCGAUCCUGGGUGUAGUUUUUUUUUUUUCAUCGUCUGAAUGUUGAAUAGCAAAGCCAGAGGUGCUGAAUUUUCGUUAUUCUAAAAUGUUAGAGCUUUUUCUAUGAUCGAGCCAAACGUUGAUUUUGUUGCGCUCCAGAGUUUGGGGUUAUCCUGAAGAUCCUUUAAGCUUCGAUGAAUGAACUACAGAAAAUUUCGUAUAACGAUUGUUCCGGUCUGAUUAGGCUUGAUCGGAGUGCCAUGAAAGCGUUCAUCGUUGAGUCGGACUCUGUCGAUACCUUGAAAUGCAUCUUAUCAAAAAUUCUUCGGAAAGAAAGAGAAAAAACUACCUGACUUCACUCGUUUCUCGACCUCGGUACGAAAUUUUCGAUUAUUAUUCAACAUCUUGGUUCCAAGUCCUCCGUCAGUGAUGUGGCUGCAAAAUGAAAUAUAGGUUGAUGGAUGUGUACCUCACGA